CGGCGUCCUACGCUCGCUGCUUCCUCUCCACCCUCGCCCUCUCUCAUCCUCACUCACCGCAUACCUGGCCUGUCCGCUCUCGUGCGCUGCACUGCUUUCCGUCUGUGCCGCCGCACUGCCCGUGUGCGCGCAUCCUCCCUUCACGUACCUUCGCUCCCGCCGCUGCCUCGUGACGACCUGCCUCUCCGCCGCUCCUGAUCCUGACGACCUGCUGCCCGAUCCGCCGCGCAUCCUCCUCGCUCUUGCAUGCCUGCGCCCUCGUACGCCGGCGCGCCCAUGCGGCAGUUCGGCGGCGUGCCCAUGGCGCCCUCCUCGCCCUCGUCCGGCAAUGCCGGCAUCUCGCCGCCCUCGUACCCAGGCGCCGGCCACGCCAGCGGCAGUGUCGCCGCGCAGCCGCCGCUCAACUUCCCGGCGCUGCACCUGCAUCCGCUCAACGACUCGUUUGCGCCCAAGCAGAUCAGCCUCGCGCCGCCCGGCCCGGGCAACCGCAUCAAGAUUGGGCGCCAGACGAACGCCAAGACGGUGCCGAAUCCGAGCAAUGGCUACUUCGACAGCAAGGUGCUCAGUCGCAUGCACGCCGAGGUGUGGUCGCAGGACGGCAAGGUCUACAUCAAGGACGUCAAGUCCUCCAACGGCACCUUCAUCAAUUCCGAGCGGCUCAGCGCCGAGGGUGUCGAGUCGGACGUGUUUGAGCUGCACUCGGAGGAUCUGGUCGAGUUCGGCAUCGACAUCGUCGGCGACGACAACAAGACGAUCAUCCAUCACAAGGUCGCGUGUCGCGUCUUCCUCGUGCUCACGGCCGAGGAUGCGAUGAGCCUGCGCGCCGACUUUGCCGCUCUCUACCGCGGCGGCGGCCAUGGCGGCCCAAUGGGCGGAGCUGGCAUGGGCCCGGGCGCAGAGGGCGGUCUGCGGAGAGGCAAGAGCACGAUGAGCUUCGACCACAUCCUCAGCCGGCUGCAGAGCGAGCUGCAGAAGAGCCGCGAGACGGGCGCCGAGCUUGGCACGCUUGCAGGUGCGAUCGGCGAGGUGGGUGAGACACUCGGCGGAGGUCUGGCGCCCAUGCAGAACCCGCCGUACCAGCACCAAGUGCCGCCGGAUCCGAGCGAAGCUGCUGCCGCAUCGGCCUCUGCUGCGCAGUCCGCAACUGUCGCGGCCUUGCAGGAGCAAUUGGCGUCGACGCAGGCCUCGCUGGCAUCUCACGUGGAGAAGAUGCAUGCGCUCGAAGGCCUGCUCGCGGAGCACGAGACGAUGCGCAGCGAGGUCGGCAGCAUGAAGGCCGAGAUGGAGAAGGCGAAGCGCGACAUCGACGAGAUGAACCUCGCGGCGUUGAGCGCAAAGUCGCAGCCGCGUGCGACGAACGGCACGAGCGAAGAGGAGCAGGACUUCGACGACGGCGCCAGCGUGGCUAGCAUGGACACGGUGAUGGCUGGCGAUGCAGGCACACGCACGAUCAAGGGCGCCGGGGCAUCGGGCGAUGAGUCUGCGACAGACGAAGACGCGCUGCGGCAGCUCAACCACGUCGGCCCGCCGGCACCGGCGGACGAGCCGCCGGCCGAGGAAUCCAGCGCCGUGCCGGCCGCUGUUGCGGCUGCGCUUGCAGCUCAGAACGAGGCGCUCUCGACGCGUCUUGCAGCGCUCGAGGCACAGCUCGAAGAGGCACUUGCAAUUGGCCGCAACCUGCAGGCUGAGCACGCCGGCGCGACCGAGGCCGUGCGCGCGCUCGAGGGCCGGAUGGCCAGCCUGGAGAAGGAGGUCAGCGAGACGUCUGCACGCGCCGAGGGUGCCGCUGUCCGCGCUCUCGAGGGCCGCUUCGUCGAGUGGCGAAGCACGCUCGAGAGCGCGUGGGGCCGCGAGCGCCAGGCAUGGGACGCGGAGCGGGAUGAGCUCAAGCGCGUCGUCAAGGCCUGGGACGAGGCGAAUGGCUGGCUGGAAAACGAGGCGGCCAAGGCUGCCAGCGCCAACGAGAGCAACGGCAUCGCCUCUGCCUCUUCGCCGAACCCAGGCGCGGCCGGCAAGCGGCGAGGCAGCAAGAGCGCAAAGCGACGCGCGGCGCGGAGACACCUCAACCCGGCGUUGCGGGCCUUGCUGUACCAUUCGUCACACGCAGACGUUGGUCCGCUGGACGAUGACGAGCUCUCGGACGUCGACGAGACGCCGCUGGGUGCCGCGUCUGGCCUCGGCGUCACCGGCGCGGAUCGCGCGGCAGACUCGACAUCAGAGGCCGCGCGCUCGGAAGACUCCGCCGAGCGGACAGACAGCACGGCGGCGACCAGUCCGUCCGGCAGCAUCGCUGCGCUGGCCAAGUCUGCCGUGCCGCCGCCGCUCGCGAAUGUCGCCCAGCACGGCUCACCACGAGGCGGGCUUGAGAACACAAGUCUGCCCAUGAUGGGUGCCGCCGGCGUCGUGGCGAUCGGCAUGGCGGCGUGGAUCAUCUCGGGCAAGGCAGCGCCCAAGUUCAGCUAGCCCGCUCGCAGCGUGCGAUGACUGCCGGCGCGCUGCAUGCGCCAUGACGGGCCGGCCGAGAUGUCAGAGACGGGCGCAAUGAUCAGCUUUGUCUCAUCACGAA